CUUCGCUAUAUAAGUACACCAAAGUUCAGUUUAAAGGCACAGUCACUUUUCCUUUUCUUAACCAAAAUUAGCCUUUUUGGUGAGAAUUUCAUUAAAUCGUGUGAUUUACUUUAAAUAAUAACCAUGAAGGCAGCUUUGGUAUUCCUUGCAUUAGCCGGCCUUGUCGCCGUUAUGCACGCCCGCCCAUCUCCGCAACAGCAAGGACCACCCCAACAAGGCAGUCAGCAACAAGGUGGUCAGCAACAAUCUCCUCAACAAGGCAGCCAACAAGGCGGUCAGCAAGGACCUCCCCAGCAAGGAGGACAACAAGGAGGUCAACAGCAACAAGGGGUCAGCAAGGGCCUCCCCAACAAGGAGGACAACAAGGUAACCAGCAACAACAGGGUCAACAAGGUGGUCAGCAACAACAAGGUGGUCAGCAAGGGCCUCCCCAACAAGGAGGACAACAAGGUGGUCAGCAAGGACCUCCCCAGCAAGGAGGACAACAAGGUGGUCAGCAACAACAAGGCCAACAAGGUAGCCAGCAAGGACCUCCCCAACAAGGAAGCCAGCAACAAGGCCAACAAGGCGGUCAGCAAGGACCUCCCCAACAAGGAGGACAACAAGGUACCCAGCAACAACAGGGUCAACAAGGUGGUCAGCAAGGACCUCCCCAGCAAGGAGGACAACAAGGUGGUCAGCAACAAGGAGGCCAACAAGGAGGCCAACAAGGCGGCCAGCAAGGACCUCCCCAACAAGGAGGACAGCAAAGUGGUCAGCAGCAAGGAGGCCAACAAGGUCCUCCUCGCAAUUAGUUUCAAGAAAUUGUUUUUGUCGCAUAAUAAUGAAUUCUAUGAGCGAAUUCAUUAG